GCCGGUCUCAAUCAUCUCUCUUGCGUCCAUUUUUGAUAUGGAUGUGAAUAAGUAUCGGCAAGUCCUAUAUGAAGGCCAUUUUUCAGAGAUAUUCAUACCCUACAUGGACCCAAUUAGUGAUGAUUGGUACUCUAUUACUUACCUUGACUGUGGUGACUUCGGUUGUGGUCAAUCCGCGGUGUCUCUUGAGCCGUAUACCGAUUGUCCCGCGAAUGCUGGUUUCAUGGAUGGUGUUUUAGCAAGCCAAGAUGGAACUCCUACAAAAGUAUCCAAUGUUAUGUGCAUUUUUGAAAAAUAUGCGGGAAACAUUAUGUGGCGACAUACCGAAGCUGAGAUUCCUGGGUUAAAAAUCACUGAGGUGAGACCUGAUGUAAGUCUUGUAGUCCGGUUGGUUACAACAAUGGGCAACUACGACUACAUAGUCGACUACGAGUUCAAACCUAGUGGUUCCAUCAAAGUGGGGGAUCUCAAGUUUGGUGUGGCUUAUGAUGAGCUCGUGGGCUGUCAAGGAGGAGACCUCAGCUUGAGAGGAAGAUCUCCGGUGAUGCGACGACGUACGAGAGGGAGAAUAGCGGUGGUUCUUUGGCUUGCUUGUCUAGGGUUUCCGGUGGUUCAAGUCGGAGAAAGAGGUCGGUUAGGGCGAAGACCUCUCUGGCGUGAAGACAGAGCGCCGUAG